GCUUUCAGCGUGGAGAACGCUGGGCGGCGACACAUGCAAGAUCCUGAGUCGCGACGGAGGUAAAACGAACUCAUUCAAAAAAUUUCCCCCUUCUCUCUUCUGCCUCCCUCACCUUCUCUCACUCACUCUCAAAAUACAAAACCCUAAUUUCCCUCUCUCUCUCAAUACAGAUCCCUAAUUUCUAUCUCAUCCAUCCAUCAUGGCUGUGGUCCUUCCUUCUGCGUCAGGAAGGGAGCUUUUAAACCCUCCAUCAGACGGCAUCACCAACCUCUGUUUCUCCAAUCACAGUGAUCAUCUCCUCGUUUCCUCCUGGGACAAGAGCGUCCGAUUGUACGAUGUCAGCAGUAAUGUGCUGAGGGGAGAGUUCUUGCAUGAUGGGGCAGUCUUAGACUGUUGCUUCCAUGACGAUUCUUCGGGUUUUAGCGCUGGCAGAGAUCAUACCGUUCGGAGGUAUGCUUUCAGUUCUGGCAAGGAGGAUAUCUUGGGAUGGCAUAAAGCUCCUGUCCGUUGUGUUGAGUAUUCUUAUGCAACAGGACAAGCUAUCACUGGCAGUUGGGACAAAACGUUGAAGUGUUGGGAUCCUAGAGGUGCAGGCGGGCAGGAGCAUACCCUUACUGGCACGUACCCACAGCCUGAGCGUGUGUAUUCACUUUCUCUAGUUGGCCAUCGUCUAGUGGUAGCGACUGCAGGAAGACAUGUGAAUGUCUAUGAUUUACGCAAUAUGUCUCAACCUGAGCAACGAAGGGAAUCUUCAUUGAAAUAUCAAACUAGAUGUGUGAGCUGUUAUCCCAAUGGGACAGGUUUUGCCCUUAGCUCUGUGGAAGGCCGUGUUGCAAUGGAGUUCUUUGAUUUAUCCGAGGCUGGUCAAGCAAAGAAGUACUCAUUCAAAUGCCAUCGACAAUCAGAGAACGGAAAAGAUACAGUCUAUCCUGUCAACACGAUCGCAUUCCACCCCAUCUAUGGUACAUUUGCAACCGGAGGUUGCGAUGGGUAUGUAAAUGUGUGGGAUGGAAACAAUAAAAAAAGACUAUAUCAGUACUCGAGGUAUCCGACCAGCAUUGCUGCAUUAUCAUUCAGCAGAGAUGGCUGUCUAUUGGCUGUGGCAUCCAGUUACACGUACGAAGAAGGAGAUAAACUCCAUGAGCCAGAUGCCAUCUUCAUACGUAAUAUAAAUGAAGCAGAGGUGAAACCAAAGCCGAAAGUGUACCCAGCUCCCCCUGCAUAGUGUAAAGCAUUUGUAAAUAGACUAGAAUUGUUCAAUCUUUUUGGAAUGCCAAUCCCCAUGUCAGCUGCUGCUAUACUAUAAAUGGUUUGUGGACAGCAAAGCAUAGAAACAUGAAUGUUUGCAUGUAACCCAGUAGUUAAAGCACUUACUAAAAUUUGUUAACAGUUUUGGGACUGUUUGGAUGUAA